UUUAAGUAAGAUAGCUGGUUAGUGGUUACAAAAGCGGCAUGUUAGGUGAUAGACGUCAUAUAACCCACUGCAAACUAGACUUUCGGAACAACCGUUAACACGAGACCAUGGACAGGACAGUCAGCCUCCCCAGUCAGCCCAACAAAACAACCAUAGUGACUCUGGUUGAGAACAGCGGUGCCCCCGGCGGGCUGGAACUGGUCAGCUCCUACCAGACCAACAGAGUGGGAGACCCCACGGACCUGGUGGCUCUGGCAUCACAAGUUCAGAAGGGAGAUGAUUUCAUUAAAGCCAACGCUUGCAACAAACUGACAGUCAUCGCUGACCAGAUAAGAUACCUACAGGAACAGGCGAGAAAGGUUUUGGAAGCGGCUAAAAGAGAUGCUGAUCUCCACCAUGCUGCCUGUAACAUAGUCAAGAAACCAGGCAACAUGUACUAUCUAUACGAGCGACCAUCUGGACAGAAAUACUUCUCCAUCAUUUCCCCAAAGGAAUGGGGCACAAGCUGCCCUCACAAGUUUGUUGGUGGAUUCAAACUCCAGCAUGACAUGUCCUGGACCCCAGUAGAUGAGGUGGAAAAGAGGGAUGCAGAGAUCGCCAUAAUGGACAAACUUCUAAGUCAGCAGACUGCCUUACCUCCGUGCACGGAGCCAAACUUCAAUGGCCUUUCUAACUAAAGGACGGGGUGGACACACGGUGAAGACAAAUCAUGGUCUUAAUGGACAUAAAUGAAUACUGUGAGAAAUCCAUACAUGGAUUGAAUGAAGUCACAAUGUGACUUGGACUGCCUCACUAAAGGUUUUUGUUUGGAAGCAGUCACAACAUUAAGAACCAUGUCUGUUCUUGAAAAGAAAACUAAAUACGCAAGUGUUUUGAUGCUGAACAAUAAAUUUUCCUCCUUUUAAAUCCAAAAUAAAAUUUUUUUUAAUUCAUGUUGAUUUACAGUUGUCAUCUUACUGGCAAGCCUGGUAACUGCAGAAGAAUGUAUAACAGCUUAUUUUGAGAAGAUGGGUUGAACCUCUCUAGCUAGUAGUUUAGUUUAAUGGAUUCUUAAUUAUUUUUAGAGCUUUAGCUUUUAUAAGGGGCUAUAAAACUUUUUGAGUCACUGGUCAGCUCAUGUUUAAGUUUUGUUUCCUUGUUUUUAGGUGUAA